AUGUCUUCUCGUCCGGAGCUCAACGCCCAUAAAUUUUUCGCAGAUCGCUUUGCCGCUGUUCUCGCUCAGCAGGGGAACUCUCCCCGCCAUGUGUCGUCCAUGGGCUUUGGAGCCCUAGCCAUCACCGAUGGCUCGCCUUCUGCUGCUGCAGCCUCCGCUGCAGUUCCUUCUGCCACCGCGUCCCCUGUUGCGGUUACGACCCCUCUCUCCUCUGGCCAACAGGAGGUCAGACCUGCUCCUGUUGGCCUUCCGCACCCGUCAGGCCGUACUGCCACUGUGGUAGAAAUCGAUGAUGAUGACGAUGAGGAGAUGGAUGGUGCUCGUCGUGGUGAAGAGACGGGUGUGUUGGUUGAUGAUGGUGAGAAGGGUGGUGCAGAUGAGGAUGAUGAGAUGGGUGAGGUCGAUGAAGAUGAGGAAAUCCUCAGUGUUGAUCUCGGUGAUCCAGCGCUGUUUGAGGAUAGAGAAACGUGGGUGUCAGAGUUGGAAAAGUUAAGCCCUACUUCUUUCGGGAAGAAACGGGUUGCGUAUCAGGAGAAGAUGGAUGCUCUGGCUGAAAUUAAAGCCGAGAAACGUCGCCGCUCCCCUUCCGCCCACGACGAAGUUACCCCUCCUUCGGCGAAACGGGUCAAAGAGGCCCCUCGGUCCUCUACAGGACAGGCUGAAUUGUUUCCCUCCCCUUCCCACGAGCCAGGGAGUGCCCGCAAGGCGUCGUUGCGGGAGCAGGAUAGGCUAUGGAAGUUGUUCAUCGAUGAAAGGGAGCGAUGGGAGGUCGCCAGUAUCGAAGAGUCGUGUGAUAGAUGCCGCCGUGAAAUUAUCACGUAUGGGAGAGCGAAGUGGCCGUGUCUACGACCGGUCAAACCUCAUAAUUGCGGGUCCCGUUGUGCUUCUUGCACUUCUGGUCCCUGCUCGUUCUGUCCCCCCAACACCGCUCGGGACAUUCCUCCAAGACCUUCUGCUCCCCUCGGUCCCCCCUACACUCCGUCCGCCGCUGUUCGCCGCCGUCUCCCCACAGCCCAAGAUGGGGAAUAUCCUUCGCGCUCUCCUUCGGCGAACUUCUCCUCUCCUGGCCCCACCUCGCCGUCACCCGCCGCCCGUCGCCUGCCCAACUCUCCCGUGGCCGGACCGUCACGUCUCCCUGCCACUCCUUCGGCUGGUCCGUCCCGUCGCACUCCUCGUCGUGCUUCUUCCGCCGCUCUUCGGCCUUCUACUCCUGUGGCUGGCCCAUCUCGUCUCCCGGCUACUCCUGCUGGGAGUUACGGGUAG